UCCAUCUGAAAAAUCAAUAAGAUAAAGUUCAUCAAAUCUCCACCUGAAAAUGAGAUAAAUUUCAGAUCUGAAAAAUAUCAAAUCAAAUUCUCAAAGCAGGAGUAUUGUAAAGCAGGAAAAUCAAUUUGAGUUUCAGAAUAAGCAAAACUUCUAAGAUGCAGAAUGCAAUAUUAAGCUUGAUAUCAGAAAUUUGCUUUUGAAAGAAGUGGUUCUUCAUGACAAAAGCAACAGAGAAUUACUACCUUCAUCCGGAAGAAACCGAACCAUAUCGUACAUGUCAAAGUAAAAGGUACAUUAAAAAGGUCAUGUUUUUGGCAGCAAUAGCUCGUCCUAGGUUCGAUGAGUUUGGGAAUGAAGUUUUUAACGGAAAAAUAGGUAUAUUUCCUUUUGUAACAAAGGAGGCAGCAAAGCGAACGAGCAAAAAUCGUCCGGCUGGAACACUCGAAGAUAAACCAAUUGAAUCAGUGAACAAAGACGUUACAAGAGCUUGUUUGAUUAAGAAAUUAUUACCAGCCAUUCGGGAAAAGUGGCCAAACUAUAAUGGGGAAACUAUCUACAUCCAACGAGAUAAUGCGAAACCACAUAUGAAAGUGGAUGAUGAAGAAUUUUUAAAAGAAGCCGCAAAAGAAGGUUUUGAUAUUAGGUUGAGAUUCCAACCUUCACAAAGUCCCGACAUGAACGUUCUUGAUCUAGGGUUUUUCAGGGCUAUACAAUCGUUACAGCACAGAGAGGCGCCUACUACUGUUGGCGAACUUUUAUCGGCUGUGGAUAAAGCAUUUAAUGAAUUAUCGGCACAAGCUCUGAAUGACGUAUUCCUCUCAUUGCAACUAUGCAUGGUAGAGGUUCUAAAGCUUCAUGGAGGAAACAAUUAUAAAUUGCAGCAUAUAGGGAAAAAGAAACUUGCACGCAUUGUGAACUUCCUACUCAAAUCGAAGUGGAUAAGAAUCUGGUGAAGGAAGCAACUAAUUACCU